AUGCCUCCCCGAAGCUCGUUGACCAGUUCCUUCUCGGUCACCGAUGCCAACAAUGAAGUUGUUUGCCCUUUGAAGAAUAACGAUGGUUCCAAUUGUCGCAAGCGAUGCUUGGGAGAAAAGCGCUAUCGCUCCAUGCAGGAGCAUAUCCGACGUGCGCAUCCGAAUCACUACAUCCCGAAGCUCCCGGCUACCGAAGAGAGCUUCCUUUUGAUGGUCAAUACCCCACCGGAGCAAAGAGUGCAUCUUUCACCACCAGAUCCUGCUCCUCCGCGACGUCGACAUGAUGUGGCGGAUAGGGACAUCUACGUCGCUGACGCCAGCUCCCCGGCCACCCCGCGAGCUCUUGAUGAACCACACCCGGCUGCGGCCACCGCAGCUGUUGCGUUGGCACAAUUGCAUCACCAUCGCCUAGCUUCUGACUGGGACACAGACAUGGACACUCACUCCGACACCGAUAUCGCUCACGGUCCAAUGCGUUCAUCGAUUGAAUUGCCGUCGCUGCGCGACCAUUUUAAACAAGAAUCUCUGCCUCCGUUUUCAGCGCGCCCGCGAGGCCUUCUUCCAUCAAUCCUGAAUCAUUCGCCGCCCGGUCGCUCAUCUACUUUGCCCCCCAUUCAACGCAAAGAAAAGCUUUCUCGCCCUCGCAAAUCAUCAAUUACGCAAUCGGCUCGGAAACCCAAGCAUGAACGCCAAAGAUCAAAGGAGUUUGGUCGCCGACCCAGCCUGGGCGACCGUAAGGCAUUAUCUGCGGAACCUCAAACAGCAGCUUGGGCGCAAGGCAAGCGCUGGGAAGAUUUGAUUGAAGCGGCGACGUCAGCAACAGAGGUUGAUGAUGAACCGUACUCCGAGGCUGGUCGAUCUCCAACUAUUGCUCCACUGCUCGCCAACAUCACAUCGGCACCAUCUGGUCCUAAGAAUCGGUCUUCUCUACCCCCGGCCUUUCAAUCUGGAGGACUCCCUCCUAUUGGGACGCACAGAGCUUUCCCACCCCAUUAUGCUGCGUCACCUCUGCACAAGUCACUUACCCCGCCACCAUUUGAUGGCCCCCGAGGCCGCGACAGCGACAUGGAACCAUUCCCAUCGAUUGAAUCAUCUCUCGACUCAAUGUCCUCGGCAUCUGGAAAGAACUUCCCCUCGUCAUCAUCUGGGGGUAUGGCUCAUUCCGUAAACUCAGAUACUAGUCCAGUUCUCAAUCUUAUCCCCCCCAUUUCCCAACGCCAGCACCACCGAUUUUCGAACCCCACCCCGGCUUCUUUCCGCAAUAAGGAAAUUCAGAUCUACUGCUCACACUGCAAACGACCGUGGGCCUUGAAUGAAUGUUUUGCCUGUACAGAAUGCAUCUGUGGUGUUUGUCGCGAAUGCGUCCCCAUGUUCGUCGCCAGUCCACCAACUUCCUAUCGCAGUCCAGGCAAUGGUUCCAUGAACAAUCUUCAACCAGGACCAACCAGCUAUCCAAGCGUUCGAGGGUGUCCUCGGUGCCGGACAGUUGGAGGAAGGUGGAGAGCUUUCCAGCUAGACUUCAAGUGA